CUCGAAAAAAAACUAAAAAAAACAUUACAAAAUCUAUUGAAUGCAUAAUCUCAAUCAUUUAUCGAUUAAUUUGCUCCACACACAAAAAAAACGAAAUUGCACUAAUAAUUGACCAUUCCACCAUUCCCCAUCAUCCCCUUGACAUCAAAGUGCAUUUAUAAUCGAUACAGUAAAAGUCUAAUUUUUUUUUUUUUGUUUGAUUAUAUCAAGUCGAUAAUUUGCGUAAAUCAAAAACAAACAAACUCAAUAGUUUUCCAAUCAAUAAAAUUUGAUUCUUUUAACUUGAUAAACUUCUUAACCCCCCCCCUUAGAUAAUUUAAUCUCUUUCUUCAUUUUUUUCUUCUUUUCAUUAAUAUACAAUUGAAGUUGUUACUUUCAAUAAUGUUCAUAUUCAAUAGUUUCCAUAUACAUUUACGAUCAUUCUUGUUAUUGUUUGUAUAUUUAACUUGGAUCCAUUCAAUUGUACAAGCAAAUGAUAAUAAGAAUGAGACAGUUACAACCACGACGACGACGACAACGACAACAACAACAACAACAACCCAUUCCAAUUCUACUCAUGAAAAUAUUUCAAAUACAUCAACUAUAACAAAUAGCACUUCAAGUGGACAUAGUGCAAUUCGAGCAGCAUCAUUUACAAUGACUGAUUCAUCAUAUUAUGGUUAUAAACCAAAUUCAAUGAAUCAUAAUGAAGGAUAUAAAACCAAAUCAAAUGAACAUUAUGAUAAACAUAAAAUUAAUUAUGAACAAUAUUUUAAAAAUUAUGAUCAAUAUUAUCAUCGCAAACAUAAACAUCAUCAUCACCAUCAUCAUCAUCAUCAUCAUCGUCAUCAUGAUCAUGAUCACGGCGAUCAUGAUCAUAAUGAUCAUGAUCAUGAACGCCAUGAUCAUUCUCAUGAACAUUCUUCUAAAGAAGAUAAUAAUCCAAAGACAAUAUCAUCUGAAUGGAUCUAUGAUAAAUUAAAAGAAUAUUUAACUUGUAUCUAUGAGAAACAAAUUAAUUGUGAAGAUCAAUUUGUUACAGAAUUACAAUUGAAAUUAUUAAAAAUGCAAUCAAAUAAACAAAAAAAUGAUGAACAUUAUGAAUCCAUUUCAUCUGAACAUGAGAAACAAAUUCCAAUCAUGUCCGCUGAAAUUCAUAAAACAUCAUUAGAAACAAAACAUGAAGAUGAUCAUACACAUCCAGAACAUCAACAUAAAGAAGAACAUAAAGAAAUGAGAAAAGAUUCAUCUACUAUAUAUCAAACAAAGAAUAAUCAAUUUGAAAUAAGUAAACAUAAAGAAAUAGAACAAACAGAGAAAUUUUAUUCACAUGAAUCUUAUCAAAGUUUAGAUAAUGAUAAAUAUUCAAGUUAUUAUCAUAAUGAUCAUCAUGAACGUCAUUAUCCUAAUCUUCGACAUCAUCGGAAUCAACAUCAACAUUCUCCUCCAUCACCUUUUCCUCUUGAUCAUCAUCGUCAUAAAGAUCAUCAUGAUCGUGAUCAUCAUCAUCAUCAGCAUCAUCAUCGUUCAUCUUCAUAUUAUAAAGAUGGAUGGUUUGAAAAACUAGAUAAAAUGUUACCAAGCUUGGAUGAUGAUGAUGAUGAUGAUGACGAGCAUCGUCAUAAACACAAAGAUAAACAUUCACAUCGUCAUCUAAUGUAUCGAAAGUAUUCAAACAAAUAUUAA